AUGUCUAAGAUAAAUUUUGAAAUACAAUGUCCUUUGAAUGUGGAAGUUCCUGAGUAUGAUUACAGUGCCUGGAGUUGUGAUAAAGCUGUUUUUCAACAGGAAAAUUUUGAGUUUCUAGACUUUUUUAAUAACUUUAUGUUAAAAAAUUUACCUUGCAUAAUUAAAAAUGUAACAGACAGCUGGAAAUGUGCUCAAGAGUGGGUAAAAGGAGAUCAAAUAAAUUAUGAUGGAAUGAUUGAACAAUACGGUGAUUUUAUUGCUCCUGUAGCUGAUUGUAAAAACAUCCAGUUUAAUGCUCAAUGCAAAUCAGAUAUGAAAGUGUAUGAGUAUAUUGAUUACUUGAAGAACAUCACUGAUAAUAGAAUAUUAUAUUUAAAAGACUGGCAUCUAAGGAGAAGUUUACCAAAUGACUACUUUUAUGAAGUGCCAAAAUAUUUUGCAUCAGAUUGGCUAAAUGAAUUUGCUAUAGAUAAUAAUGAGGAUGAUUUUAUGUUUGUAUACAUUGGCCCCAAAGGAUCAUGGACACCAUUACAUGAAGAUGUAUAUUGUUCGUAUAGUUGGUCCGUCAAUGUUGUUGGAAGAAAAAAAUGGAUUUUGUUUCCUCCAGGAGAAGAAGAAAAAUUAAAAGAUCCAUUGGGUAAUCUCCCUUUGUUAUUCGAACCAGAUAAACUACAGAAUAUUACAUAUUUUGAAAUCAUACAAGAAAAAGGAGAUGCCUUAUUUGUUCCUUCUGGCUGGCAUCAUCAAGUAUUUAAUGAAUCUCAUACAAUUUCAGUCAAUCAUAAUUGGAUAAAUGCAUGUAAUGUAGAAAUAGUAUGGAAAGCCUUAGCACAUUCGUUGGUGGUAGUAGAACAUCAAAUAGAAGAAUGUAAAGGCACACCAGAAUUUCCUGCUGAGUGCCAAUUAAUCCUUAAAUCCCACUUUGGUAUGGACUUUGAGUCUUUUGUUACAUUUUUGCUUUAUAUAGCUAAAAAAAGGCUAACUCAAUUGCAAGGUAAUUCACGGGAAAUUUUUAAACAAUACUCACUUGGUAUGAGCAUAAUCAAAUUUGAUUUAAAAAAUAUACUAAAAGUAAUGAACUUAAUUUAUCAACAUCCAAUAUUUUUAGAGAAUAAUAUAUUGUCUUCAAAGGAAGACGAAUUUAAACAAGUCAGAAAAGAGCUGAAGGUCAUUUUCUCAUAG